AUGCAUUUCAUAUUCAGUUUUAUUUUUCUUUUGUUAUCCGAAGAAUUCGUAAAGUCAUCUUCGACUCAAACAGAAUCAAUUAUUGAUUUGUAUAAAAGGAUUAGUGAAAAAGGUACGUUAGCUGAUGGCUUAGCUCUUAAUGAGCAAGCACAAAUAAAACUCAAAGCAAUCAAUACAAUUCGAUUAUUGCCGUUAAAUGCUAUGCCAAUUAAUAAAUUCAUCGUCCUUUUUAAUAUUAGUUUAAAUAAUAUUAAAAGUGAUGAAGAAAUAAAAUUAAUUGAACUUCGUUUGAAAUCAAAAAAUGUUAAUAGCUAUCGAAAAAAAUUACGAUUAGUUAUUCGUGAAAGUAUGUACAAACGACGGCGAUUUAAUCCAAUGAUAAUUUCAAAAGAAGAAAGUGAAUAUCUAUCUUAUGAUUUAACGAAUUUUUUAUUUCAUAACUCAUCACAACAAAUAUUAGUUAUUCGACGACAAUUGUGGAUAAGAAAUUAUCUGGACCAUGCAUCGCUCAUUAUUUAUUCUCGUGCGCCUGGUAUUUUCCGUCUUCCGUCAUCAUCAAACAUUCGAACGAAACGAUCCAUUCAACCAAAACAAGUCAAUGGUCCUUGUGCAAGGUAUGAUCUCUUCGUCAACUUUGACCAGUUAUCGUUCGGUGCAUGGGUUGUUGAACCAAAACGAUUUAAUGCUGGCGUCUGCCAAGGAGAUUGUCCAAAUCCGUUAUCAAGAUUAUUCUAUCCAACUAAUCAUGCUAUGCUAUUAAGCCUACUACAUGAACGAGGUAAUUCUAUUCAACAACCAUCGUGUGUACCUGUUCGUCUUCGACCGCUUGAUUUACUUUAUUAUGACCGUCGAGAGUUAGUUAUUAAACGUCAUCAAGGAAUGCAAGUUGAAGAAUGUGGUUGCCGAUAA